AUGACAGACGCUGAUUUACUAUUUGAAAACUCGCAAACAUCACUACCUCCGCAACAGAACGAGCUUAUAAGAUACCUUAAUAGUCCGACCGUACGAGGCUCCCCUCGAAUCUUCUGGAAAGACCAUGAAUACGAGUUUCCUAUACUCGUAAGCCUUGCCCGGGAUAUUAUGUUAAUUCUAGUAACUAGAGCAGGAGUAGAGCGUCUCUUUAACUCUGCUCGGGAUAUCUGCUAUUAUCGCCGAGGUGAUACCGAGGAAGAGACUAAGGAUCUAGUGUAUGAGGCAGAGGGUAUACAGUCCCCUCUGCGGCCUCGUACAGGAACACUUGACCUCGACGAUAGAGAGGCUCUAGAUCACGAGGAGGACGAUGACGACGAUAUAAACCCCCUCUGCCUAACACACAGCAGCGUGUAUCUAGUAGAAAGCAUAAGCGCUCGAAGCUACUUGAGGGCUAUGUUCUUGGAUCUUAAUAAUUAUACUGGUUGA